AUGGCUACCGCACCGGACCCAGAGGUGCUUUGUUCCACGGAUGGAAAAGAUAAAUUCCAACGAAUAUCGCGUCUGCUAAUUAGUGGAGGUACUACAUUACUUAGAGAGGUGUUUGAUCAGAUUUGCCCACCAUUUCAUCUUCCUUCAAAAUCAAAAGAUCCAAAUACAAAGAAGCAGCUUAAAUCGGCAAAGCUCACAAAGCCACAGCGAGACUGCCUGUACCCCUCCCCGGGGACGUAUGGUGAGUCAAAAGGUUUCGAUAUUACUCUGCUCUUCGCUUUGCUAAAGACAAUAUGCAACCUCACCCCUCCAAGCACGGGCUGGGAUAUUCUACCAGCUCCCACCGAUCACAGUUUAGUUGCAGAAUUGGCAAGAAUUAAGCAUUACAGGAACGCGGUGUAUGGCCAUGUAAAGGGAAACAUGGAGAUUACAGAUGACGAAUUUCUACAGCUUUGGGAGAACAUUAGCCAGGCUCUGAUAGGUGUCGCAGCAAACCUUGGCCCAACAAGCAAAUGUAAUGACUGGCAGACGAAAAUUGACAAGUUAUUGAAGGAUCCCCUUACUGCUGAAGAUGAAAGAAACGUACAGGAACUGCAAGAAUGGUAUAAAAAGGAUGAAGACAUCAAAAAAUCCUUAGAUCAAUUGGUAGAUACAACCCAAAAAGGGAAAGACAGUAUAGAAAGGAUGGAAAAAAACGUUGAGGAGAUCAAAAAAUACUUGAGUGAAUUGUAUGAGCUUAGGCCAAAUUCUUGCGAGAAUUGUACUUGUACUGAUGCAGCUAUACUUCCGGUGAAGUUGAGUUGUGAGAUCUACGCACACUCAGAUCAACAAGGGGACCUUUGCGGAAUGUCAGUAAAUGGAGAUGCCUCGCGUGCUACUGCACAGGAGGUAUUGAAUCAAAUUGCGAAAAGUUAUUUGCAGAUAGUUGAAUCAUCCACAAAAAAAGAGUGCAAUGAAUUUAUGAAGUAUCUAACGAGGAUGGGGGAGGUGUUAGCUGUAGACGUCAUAAAAGGGAGCUUGAUGAUCAAAGUGGGAUGCCGAUCUGUGCAGAUAUUGAGUGACUUGUAUAUAGACUUUUUAACAGGUCAUUUAAAUGCGCUGGCACAAGAACACCUUGUGACAGAGAGGGUUCUUACCAAGUUUGCCCUUAUGGAAGCAAAACUCACUACAAACAUUUCAGAGAACGAGUACAGAAAUUGUCGAAAGCAAUUAAAGGCAUAUGCAGUCCUGGAGCCGAAAGUUCUUGACCUAAAGAACCGUCGAGAUAAACUCCAGGAGAAGUUCCUCGAAUGGGUUAAAGUUAGAAAAAAAUCAGAAGUUUACUUGAAAGACCGCUCCAAGAUCGUAGAAUGUACUCCUGCAGUACUUUUCAUUGGCUUGUGGCCUUAG